AUGGCCGCCCCGUCAAGCGAGAUGGCGACUGAGUCGCAGCCAUUACUCUCCGAGAAUGUUGGCGAAAUGAAUACGAGAAAGAAAACCAGAAACAAGUUGUUGAUCUUGAUCGUGGGUGCGAUAUUCAUCCUGGCAGCCGAUUCUGGAUUCUAUCUUUCUGUAGCACCUCAGACUGCGAUCUUUGAAAAAAUCAUUUGCCGAAAUUAUUUGGAGUUUCUUGAUAGUACGAACACCACUCUACCUGCCUCUGAUGUGGCAGAUCCGUGUAAAUCAGAGGCCGUGCAAGGGGAGCUGGCCUUGAUUACGGGAUACAAGGAUGGGUUCGCUGUGGUACCGACGAUUCUUCUUUCACUUCCUUAUGGUGUACUAGCAGACCACUGGGGGCGAAAACCUGUGGUUUAUCUUGGAAUGCUGGGCAUUGUACUGGAUGAGCUUUGGACUCGACUGAUAUGUCUCUGGUCGGGUGUGCUGCCACUUCGCAUGGUCUGGCUAUCUGCCCUAUGGAAAAUCAUCGGCGGUGGUGACCAGGUAGUGACAUCCGUUGUAUGCACUAUGAUUGCUGACGUUGUCUCUGAAAAUGAGAGAUCAACGGCACUUUUCACCCUUAUGUCCUGGGUCUUUGUCGCAGAUAUCGUGGCCACUCCAACCAGUGCAUACUUGAUGACAUUCGACCCAUGGAUCCCGUGGACACUGGGCUAUUUUAUCAUUGUUCUGGGAUGUAUCCCGUUUCUCUUUCUACCAGAGACGCUUGGAGACGCCAAAGCCAAGAAAUCCAGCAGUCAUCGAACUGAUAACACGACUCAAUUCACCGAGCCGACCAGGAAAAUGUCGAGUAUGCAGAUGGUUCUUUACCGUCUGCGAGAAUUCAAAGAGUCAGCACAAUUUAUUUGGAAGGAUACAAACGUCAUGUGGAUGAUUAUGAUAUCCUUCGUCUCAAUGAUGUCUCGUCAGAGUACGAACAUUCUCCUCCAAUAUGCCUCGAAGCGAUUCGGCUGGAGCAUAGCCAAGGCAAGCCUACUCGUCACGAUUCGCGGAAGCGUCGGCCUUACCACUUGCCUUGUAUUAAUGCCUGGGCUCAACUGGUUGAGUGGCAAGUAUCUCAAUCUACACGGAAAAUAUAGAGAUCACUGGCUCAGCAAGAUUACCGGCAUAUUGUCUGUUGUUGGCUUCCUGCUAGUAGGCCUGGCUCCCACCACAGCAUUGUUGAUCUUCGGACUGGUCAUCGUGGCAAUGGGUGGAGCUUUCGGAGUCAAUACUCGCAGUCUAGCUACUGCACUUGUUGUACCCGAUCACGUUGGUACUCUUUACUCAUCGUUCGCCAUCUCCCAGUCAAUGGGAAUCUUUCUCGCCGGUCCCUUGUUUGCUUACCUCUUUAAAUGGGGAUUGCAUUUAGGCAAUGCUUGGUUGGGUCUUCCAUUCUUGCAGGCUGGCCUGUUUUUCGCUUUAGCCACGGUGGCUGUCUGGAGAAUCCGAGUUGAUCAAUCCCUACCAGGCGACGAUGGGGAGCAGGAGGAAGAGCAAGAGCCUUUGAUAACCGAGUCCUCGUAG